CGGAUGUGACAUCAUCACGACGUGUUGACGCAGCUUUGACUGUGGAGGCGACUGUUGUGCUUCCCUGACAGUAGCUAAUAUUCGUAUAAUUCUUUUUUCAAUACUUUUUUUUUGUUAUCGCAGUGCGAAUGACAGCGACACAUUUCAUGUAGUGUAAACCAUAGAAGAAUCGAUUCCAUGGAGGUCGUGGACAGCCCGCUUAAUCUCGCUCAUCAGCAGUGCAGGAAGGCAGACCGUUUGCUGGUGGCUGGAAAGUAUGAAGAGGCCAUCUCCUGUCAUGGAAAAGCAGCAGAUCUUUUGACAAAUGCAAUGAAGACAACCGAGUGUAAGCAGGCCUGUCUGUCCAUGGAGCUGCAAAGGGACAGUCAUAUCAAACAGCAGCGACUGAUCCAAGAGCGCUUGAAGAGAGAGGCUCGCCGUGAGGCAACAAAGGCCCGACCUGGCCAGGUGCAGCUCUCCGGCAGCCCAGCCCUCCCGUCUCAAGCCCAGUCCGCCGGCCAGCUCCAGCCCCACGGUUCCCCAGGCCUCUCGGCUGAAGAGGGUGUAGGAAUCAGGGAGAGGGAGUACGACACCUUGCUCUACCAACUUCAGACUCGGCAGACUGGCGGCUGCCAGCCUUUGACUCCACCAUGCCCUGGAUCUAAGACCACCAAGGACGACAAAACUCGCCUGGAAGAACAACAGACCACAAUCAAUGACCUGCGGCGCCUGGUCGACCAACUAAUGAAUGAAAACCAGCGGCUAGCAAGCGAGAACAAGCAGUUACAAUCGGAAAACGCCCGGCUGCGCUCAGAGGCAUGCGAGGCGGCAGACUUUGUGGAGCGCUCGGAGCUCUGGGUGCUCCCUCAAACAGGUGGCGCUAUGGGAACAGGGGGUGGGCAGGAGAGGAAAAGCACAGGGAAGGGAAAGGAGAUCGCAAUCCCUCAGCUGCCACCGCUGGAGAUGCCAGCUCAGGAAGAUCUGUGUUUGGAUGAUCUGCCUCCUCUGGAGCUGCCAGAGGACAUCCAGAAUGAACUACAGGAGCUACUGGACAGGGACAAACUGUGAUACGAGACAUGUCUCUCUCACACACACACACACACACA